UCGAUACACCCGGUUAGUCCCUCUCCGCGCGUCGUGCCGGGCUGUUGUGUAUUUAGUUACGCAUCGUUUCGUAAAUAUCGCUAUUCGCUAUCAUUUGUUUCAAACAAUCGCCCAGCUGACUGUGACCUAACAAUAACUCGCUUCCAAACUGCACCCGGAUUCUUUCCAAGCUACUUGGCGUGGAACUUAAGUGAAAACCACGGUGGAACUGUGAAGAAAUCUUCGCUGUCUGAAUGUAAAAAUAUACGCGUCGCAGAGAACCGUUUCCAGCGUGUGACUAAGAUCGAUACUUUUAAAUGAUAACAUGGUUUCAAUUAGGUUUUGUUUAAGACGUCUGUGAAGUUUUGUGUGUUGGAUAAACUAGUGUUGUGUUGUGAAGGCUGCUGCUCGGAAAACGAUGCGGUGAGCGCAGUGCGGCCACCAUGCGGAGUGCGGUGUGGGCGUGGGUGUGGGCGUGGGCGUGGGCAAGCGUGGGCGCGGGUGCGCUGGCAACACACGCGCAGCAGCCGCGCUGCGAGGAGAUCACCAUCCCCAUGUGCCGCGGCAUCGGCUACAACCUUACGGCCUUCCCCAACGCACUGGACCAUGAUACGCAGGAGGAGGCCGGCCUCGAGGUGCACCAGUACUGGCCGCUGGUGGAGAUCAAGUGCUCGGCCGACCUGAAGUUCUUCCUGUGCUCCGUGUACACGCCCAUCUGCAUCGAGGACUACGCUAAGCCGCUGCCGGCGUGCCGCAGCGUGUGCGAACGCGCGCGCGCCGGCUGCGCGCCGCUCAUGCAGAAGUACGGCUUCCAGUGGCCCGAGCGCAUGGCGUGCGAGCGCCUGCCGCGCCUCGGCGACCCCGACCAGCUGUGCAUGGAGGAGACGGAGCGCGCGCCCGAGCCCGAGCCGCCGCGCGCGCCGCGCCGCCCCGCCGCCUGCAAGGACCCAAAAAACUGCGGCGGCGGCGCGGCGGCUGCGGGCGAGCGCGCGCCCGACUGCGCGUGCGCGUGCCGCCCGCCGCUCGUCAGCCUGCGCACGCGCAACGCGUCGGCGCCCGGCGUGCCGGCGCCCGCGUGCGCGCUGCCGUGCCGCGGCGCCUUCUUCUCGCGCGAGGAGAAGGCGUUCGCGGCCGUGUGGGUGGCGCUGUGGGCCGGCCUGUGCGCCGCGUCCACGCUCAUGACGCUCACCACGUUCGCCAUCGACUCGGCGCGCUUUAAGUACCCCGAGCGGCCCAUCGUGUACCUGUCGGCCUGCUACUUCAUGGUGUCGCUGGGCUACCUGGCGCGCCUGGCGCUGGGCCACGAGGCCGUGGCGUGCGACGGGCCGCUGCUCAAGACGUCGGCCAGCGGCCCGGGCGCCUGCACCAUGGUGUUCGUGCUCGUGUACUUCUUCGGCAUGGCGUCGUCCAUCUGGUGGGUGGUACUGUCGUUCGCGUGGUUCCUGGCGGCCGGCCUGAAGUGGGGCAACGAGGCCAUCGCGGGCCACGCGCAGUACUACCACCUGGCCGCGUGGCUGGUGCCGGGCGCGCAGACCGUGGCCGUGCUGCUGGCGGGCGCCGUGGACGGCGACCCGGUGGCGGGCGUGUGCUACGUGGGCAACACGUCGCCCGAGCACCUCAAGACCUUCGUACUGGCGCCGCUCGUGGUGUACUUCGCGCUGGGCGCCACGUUCCUGCUGGCCGGCUUCGUGUCGCUGUUCCGCAUCCGCUCCGUCAUCAAGCGGCAGGGCGGCGUGGGCGCGGGCUCCAAGGCCGACAAGCUCGAGAAGCUCAUGAUCCGCAUCGGCGUGUUCAGCGUGCUGUACGCCGUGCCGGCCGGCGUGGUGCUGGGCUGCCUGGCCUACGAGGCGGGCGGGCGCGAGCGCUGGCUGCGGCGCGUGGCGUGCGGCGCGGCGUGCGGCCCGCGCCCCGUGUACUCGGCGCUCAUGCUCAAGUACUUCAUGGCGCUGGCCGUGGGCAUCACGUCGGGCGUGUGGAUCUGGUCGGGCAAGACGCUGGAGUCGUGGCGCCGCGUGUGGCGCGGCGGGCGCGCGCCGGCGCCGGCGCAGCGCGCGCUGGUCAAGGGCGCCGUGUGA